AUGAUGCAGCACACUCAGUUGCCUGGAAACAUCCCAAACGAGAGAUUCAGCUGGGUUCCAGGCGAGUCUCUCGUAAAACCAAGCUUGUUUGCAAAUGAGCCUAUUUCGCUGAUAUACACUUGUAAAAUGAUGCGAGAUCUCGCACUGCUUGUUGUCAUCUUCCGCAAAAGUCUCAAAACUCUGAUUGAGAAAUCUGAAGGACUGCUUAUUUCGAUUUACUACCAGCCAAAUCACAGGUUGCUGAAAAUUCAUCGACAGCCUACGACCGGUUUCGCAUUUCUUGGGGCUCAUCAGGUGGGUUCCAGGCAAAUGAAUGUGCUGCACCAGAACGCCCCAUGUUUCAGUCGCUACGAGAUUCGAGAUAUCGCGAUACACGCUGCUGAAAAUUCGUCAACAGCCCACGACCGGUUUCGCCCUUCUUGGGGCGUGGAGAGAGAGAUUCAGUUGGGUUCCAGCCCCAUGUGCCCGGCUAGGUACCAGCCAGAUUCGAGCAAAACUGGCAUUCUGUGCUGUCUGUUGCUUGCUUCGGCAAAAGUGCGAACGAUCGCCAGUGGUGGAUACACCAAGCAGCUGCACACAUUGCAUUCACAUUCGUGUAUGAAUUGGGCGCACCGGCAGACGCACAAUGGUUUGCGCACGCACCUGAACGAAUAG